AAUUUAUUGUCUUCUUAUUAUAUAGCAAGUAUUGUAUCGAAAAUUCAUACCCGUUACGAUAAGUUAAGAUGGCUCAGAUGACAAUAGACCCACAAGGUGAGAAAAUUGAAUCUUUUGUACUGUUGAGUGGUCACAAGAUUCCUGCUAUUGGUUUGGGCACUUGGAGAGCUCAUAAUGCUAGGGAUUCUGUUUUUACUGCUAUUCUUGAGGCUGGCUAUAGGCAUGUCGACACAGCGGCAGAGUACGGAGUCCAAGAUGAGGUUGGUCAUGGAAUCAAGGCAGCUAUACAUACAGGAGUAGAGAGAUCAACCUUAUUUAUCACAUCUAAACUAUGGUGUUGUGAUUUGUCAACGGAGAGAGUUCGACCUGCAUUGAUGAAGACACUCAAUGAAUUGCAACUGGAUUAUCUUGAUCUCUAUCUGAUUCAUUGGCCCUUCCGUCUCAAGGACGGAGCAAGUAGACCACCAAAAGCAGGGGAAGUGUCUGACUUCGAUUGGGAAGGUGUUUGGAUAGAAAUGGAGAAGUUAGUUAAAGAUAAACUCGUACGAGAUAUUGGAGUCUGUAAUUUCACUGUUAAGAAACUUAAUAAGCUUUUAGAUAUUGCAGAGAUAAUGCCUUCUGUAUGCCAGAUGGAGAUGCACCCUGGAUGGAGAAAUGAAAAAAUGUUGGAAGCGUGCAAGAAAAAUAAUAUUCACGUCACAGCAUAUUCACCUUUGGGUUCGCGAGAAGUUGAUCUAAUUCAUCAUCCAGUAGUAGAGAGAGUAGCAGGGAAGUUAAAUAAAACGGCGGGGCAGGUUCUAGUGAGGUGGGCUAUACAAAGAGGAACGAGUACGAUUCCAAAAUCAGAUCACUCAGAAAGAAUAAAAGAGAACAUUAAAGUGUUUUCAUGGGAAAUUCCAGAAAAAGAUUUCCAAGCUAUUUGUGAUAUCCCAGAUCAGAUGCGAGUGUUAGAUGGGGAAGAAUUGUUUGUGAACAAGAGUGAUGGGCCUUACAAGAGCGUAGCAGAUAUUUGGGACCACGAAAUCUAAUCAAGUUUUUUCUUCAGUUUGGCUUUGUUUUUAGUAUAUUUCUUUGGUCCUUAUUAGCUUUUAAUUUAAUAAUAAGAUGAUAUGUUGUAGUUGAACGAUAAUAGUGGGUAAAUCGGAAACCAAAAUAAAUUAUGUUAUGCAUUCUCUCGUUCUUUUCGAGUUAUGUAAUUUAGUCUUAUCAUUGUUGGAAUAACAAAUAGUGCUACAUUCGGGGCUCUUGUUAUAGCCAAA